CGCAGGCGAAAAUAAUGAACGUCUUUCGUGUUGUUUUUUUUGUGAGCGAUGGCGGACGCACUGAUCUUGGACGAUGGGCGUCCGCUCUCCAGCCUCAAGGUGACUGAGCUCAAGAUCGAGUUAUCGACUCGACAUCUUCCUCAGAAAGGAGUCAAGGCAGUUCUCGCCGACCGCCUCUAUGAUGCGAUUGUCAAGGAACGCCAGGGGCCUCUUCAGCAGGCACAGGAAGGUCAUGCUCACCCGAGCUCAGUACCUGAAGGAGUGGAGCAGCAACAUCAGCAGCUAGACUUACAAAGACAGCAAGAGCUACAACAACAACAACUGCAACAACAGCAGCUGCUGCUGCAACAACAGCAAGAAAUGCAGAGGCAACAGGAGUUACUGAGACAACAGGAACUGCAGAGACAGCAGCAAGAGUUGCAACAACAGCAAGAACUACAGAGGCAACAGGAACUGCAGAGACAGCAGCAAGAGUUGCAACAACAGCAAGAACUGCAGAGACAGCAGCAAGAGUUGCAACAACAGCAAGACCUGCAGAGGCAACAGGAACUGCAGAGACAGCAGCAAGAGUUGCAACAACAGCAAGAACUGCAGAGGCAACAGGAACUGCAGAGACAGCAGCAAGAGUUGCAACAACAGCAAGAACUACAGAGGCAACGGGAACUGCAAAGACAGCAGCAAGAGUUGAAACAACAGCAAGAGUUGCAACAACAGCAAGAACUGCAGAGGCAGCAGGAACUGCAGAGACAGCAGCAAGAGUUGCAACAACAGCAAGAAUUGCAGAGGCAACAGGAACUGCAAAGACAGCAGGAAUUACAGAGACAACAGGAACUGCAGAGACAGGAAGAGAUACGAAAGCAAAAAGAAGUGGAGCAACAACAAGAGCUUGAGAGACAACAAGAGCUACAAAGACAACAGGAGCUGCAACGACAACAAGAGCUUCAGGAGUUGCAACGGCAGCAAGACGUGCAAAGGCAGCAGGAGAUACAACGGCAGCAAGAGCUUGAGCGACAGCAAGAGCUUGAGCGACAGCAAGAGCGUGAGCGACAGCAAGAGCGUGAGCGACAGCAAGAGCGUGAGCGGCAGCAAGAGCUCCAGCGACAGCAAGAGCUUGAGCGACGGCAAGAGCUCCAGCGACAGCAAGAGCUUCAGCAACAGCAAGAGCUUGAGCGACAGCAAGAGCUUGAGCGACAGCAAGAGCUUGAGCGACAACGAGAACUUGAGCGACAGCAAGAGCUUGAGCAACAACAAGAGCUUCAACGGCAACAGGAGCUUGAGCAGCAGCGAGAGCAAGAGCGGCAACGAGAGCUUGAGCGACAGCAAGAGUUAGAGCAGCAAGAGCUGCGUCAAAAAGAGCUUGAGCGACAAGAGGAGCUGCAGAGGCAGCAAACACUACAGCAACAGGAGGAGCUGCAGCAGCAACACAAGCUGCAGGAGUUGCAACAGCAGAAAGAGCGCAAGCAGCAGCAAGAACGCAAGCAGCAGCAAGAACGCGAGCAACAGCAUGUGCAGGAGGCACAGCAUUCACAGGGCUCUCCUUCUCAAGAUGUUCAAGAUGGGAAAAAGAAGAAGAAAAAGAAGCGUCGGAGAAAGCACCCUAACUUCGCCAACCAGCAGAACUCUAAAUCAGCAGAUAUGGAUUCUAGCAAUACGGCAGAGGACAAUGUUGAUAUUGAGUAUGUCGCUGAAAUGCCAGAGCUGACACCGGGUGACAAACACUACCAAGAGUUCUCCAGAAUAUUUGAUGCUUUCAAGCUAGUCGAAGAAGUGAAGGAAGAGGAGGAGAAAGCUGAAGAGAAGCUGCAAGCAGGCUCUAAAUCUGGUGCUGCUAUUCCGCCACCACCAGAAAUGGAUGAGGAAGACGAAGAUGAGGCUCGGGAUGAAGAUGACGACGGUAAGCCGAAACUGUCCAAGAAGCAGCUCCGCAAGCAGUCUCGCCUUUCGGUAGCCCAACUGAAACAGCUUGUAGAGCGGCCCGAUGUGGUGGAAAUGCAUGAUGUCACUUCAAGGGAACCUCAGCUGCUUGUUCAUCUCAAAGGUUAUCGAAACACUGUUCCUGUGCCGAGGCAUUGGUGCUUCAAGAGAAAGUAUCUCCAGGGUAAACGAGGUAUCGAGAAGCCUCCUUUCGACCUGCCAGAUUUCAUUAAGAACACUGGCAUCAUGGAAAUGAGAGCUGCCGUUCAGGAAAAGGAUGAUCAAAAGAGUUUGAAGGCGAAAACAAGACAGCGAGUCCGACCAAAGCUGGGAAAGAUUGACAUUGAUUACCAGAAGCUGCACGACGCUUUCUUUAGGUGGCAGAAGAAGCCGAGGCUCACAAUGCAUGGGGAUCUUUACUAUGAGGGCAAGGAAUUUGAGACUAAAAUGAAGGAUCUUAAACCUGGUGAUAUUUCUGACGACAUGAGGACAGCUCUUGGAAUGCCAGUUGGUGCUGGUAAACAAAUGGUGCCACCGCCUUGGUUGAUUGCCAUGCAGCGCUAUGGCCCACCGCCUACCUACCCAAACUUGAAGAUACCCGGCCUGAAUGCUCCUAUUCCUGAGAGCUGUUCGUUUGGCUAUCAUGCUGGUGGUUGGGGUAAACCUCCAGUAGAUGAGGAUGGCAAGCCUCUAUAUGGCGAUGUGUUUGGAACAGCGGCAUCAUCAAUAUUGCAAUACGGUGGCGAUGAGAACAUAGACAUGAGUACGUGGGGAGAGCUGGAGUCCGAAUCAGAGGUAGAAUCGUCUUCAGAGGAGGAAUCAAGUGAUGAAGAUGACGAUGAGGGACCGGACGACGCAGGUCUUGUCACACCACUGGAAGGCCUUGCUACUCCAAGUGGUCUUACAUCAAUCCCUGCUGGCUUGGAGACACCGGAGCUGAUCGAACUGCGUAAGCAGACCGCUGUGGAGCCAACAGAGGAGGUUCUAGAAGGCGAGGAGACUCCAUCACUUUACGAGGUCUUGCCCGAGAAGGGUGCCAAUGUUGGCGGUUCUAUGAUGGGUUCGCAGCAUGUGUAUGAAAUUGGGCCUAACACCGUGGAUGACUCACAGAACAAACCGCAACAAGUGAAACGUAAGAAACCAGUCGACUCGUCAAAAGGAGCUAAAAAGUACAAGGAGUUCAAAUUUUGAGAUCCCACUCUUGCAUCAACUAGGUUUUCUUCGUCCCUUUCUUAUGUUUCUUCCUCCUUGGUCUUGUCUAGUCAGCUUCCCUUUGUGCAACCCCUGUGUUCUCUUUGUAUUAGCCAGAGAGUGACCAGUUCCCCAUACUUUCUUUUACUGGGUUGCUUCUGUAUAUAUGAGACUGCUGUGCAGACAAGACACUGUACUACUCCUAUAAGUAGUCAGUACACAAUGCUCCUAGGUUGUCAGUGCACAAUGUCGAUACUCGAAACAAAUCAAUUCUUUUCCGUCAGGCUGCUGUGCAGACACUGUCAACAUGAAAUUAGCGCCAUGCCUGCAAUACUCCUUGAUACAUUAUGCCGUUCAUGGUGAAAGUCAUAAUAUCGCUAUGUUUUAUUUUCUCUGUUCCAGUGUGUUACACAGUCACACGCCAUGAAACACAUUUUCCCAGCACAGGACCUAGGGCUAGGCUAGGCUGUGUCGGGUCUGUUCCGCACAUGUAUUUUUCUCACUUGCAAUUCUGAUAUUACCUGUAAACUGUAGGAGGAUUCUCUCCCAUCCCUGUCAA